AUCUGUCUUUCAGGCCAGCAUAGAACCGGUCCUGCUAGUCUCACGAGCGAGGCCUUCUGAACUCUGAAUCAGCUAUUUCAGUCCUAGUUUCUUGAAGUCACGGUGCAGCCGAUCAAAGCCAUGACUGUGCUCCCAGCAUUCUUCCUCCUCCUCGUCACAAUUAACCACCUCGUGGCCGCCAUGAACGAGACGGUGUUCACCUUCAACGGCUUCUCCGGCGCGAACCUCUCCCUCGACGGCAUGGCCAGGGUCACGCCGGACGGCCUGCUCAUGCUGACCAACGGCACCACGGCGUUGAAGGGGCACGCGUUCUACCCCACCCCGCUGCGCUUCCACGGCGCCAGCAACCACGCCGUGGCGUCCUUCUCCACGGCCUUCGUGUUCGGCAUCAUCGGCCAGUACACCGACGUGAGCAGCCAAGGCAUGGCCUUCGUCGUCUCCGCGACCAGGGACUUCUCCACGGCGCUGCCGGGCCACUUCCUGGGCCUCGUCAACGCCUCCGACAACGGCGACGCGAGCGACCACCUCUUCGCCGUCGAGCUCGACACCGUGCUCAACGCGGAGUUCCGCGACAUCGACGACAACCACGUCGGGAUCGACGUCAACAGCCUCACCUCCGUGCGAGCGGCCUCCGCCGGCUACUACGACGACGAAACCGGCUCGUUCCGAAACCUGAGCCUGAUCAGCCGCAAGGCCAUGCAGGUGUGGGUGGAGUACGAUGGCUGGGCCAUGGAGCUCAACGUGACCAUGGCCCCUGUCGAGAUGCCCAAGCCAAAGAAACCCCUCCUGUCUACCGUCGUCAACCUCUCGGCGGUGAUCACGGAUCUCGCGUACGUCGGCUUCUCCUCGUCGACGGGGAUAAUCUUCUCGCACCACUACGUGCUGGGCUGGAGCUUCAAGAUGAACGGCACGGUGGCCCCGGCUCUCAACAUCUCGUUGCUGCCGGCUCUGCCACGCACGACAAGCAAGACCCGGCCAAAGGUCCUCGUGGUCGUCCUGCCAAUCGCAUCUUCGGUGUUCGUUCUCGCAUUGGCCGCGGCGGCCGUCGUCAUCGCCAAACGCCGAGCAAAGUUCGCCGAGCUGCGCGAGGAUUGGGAGGCUGGCUUCGGGCCGCAUCGCUUCGCGUACAAGGAUCUCUUCUACGCGACGGAUGGUUUCAAAGACAGGAACUUGCUUGGGAGAGGAGGAUUCGGGAGUGUGUACAUGGGCGUUCUCCCCAAAUCCAAGACGAAGGUUGCCGUCAAGCGGGUCUCGCAUGAGUCGAGGCAAGGGAUGAAGGAGUUCAUCGCCGAGGUUGUGAGCCUUGGACGCCUCCGGCACCGGAACGUCGUGCAAUUGCUCGGCUAUUGCCGGCGGAAAGGUGAGCUCCUCUUGGUUUAUGACCACAUGCCAAACGGCAGCCUCGACAAGUAUUUGCACGACCGAGAUAAACCUACUUUGGAUUGGGGCCAAAGGUUCAAGAUAAUCAAAGGUGUAGCGUCAGGCCUGCUGUAUCUCCACGAAGAUUGGGAGAAGGUUGUCAUCCACCGAGACAUCAAAGCCAGCAAUGUGCUACUCGACGCGGAGAUGAACGGCCGGUUGGGCGACUUCGGGCUUGCAAGGUUGUACGACCACGGCACGGACCCGAACACCACACAUGUGGUUGGCACCAUGGGGUACCUAGCCCCCGAGCUCGGCCACAGAGCCAAGGCAACACCGUCCACCGAUGUCUUUGCGUUCGGCGUGUUCCUUCUCGAGGUCGCAUGUGGGCGGCCGCCCGUGGAGGAGGAUGCUCAAGGGACCCCGGUCGUGCUCGUCAACUGGGUGCUCGACCAUUGGCGCAACGGAUCAAUCAUGGAAGCAGCUGAUCCGAGGCUCGGAAAUGAUUACGCCUUGGAGGAGGUCGAACUGGUGCUCAAGUUUGGCCUGCUCUGCUCGCAUCCGCUGGCCAGCGCGAGGCCUAGCAUGCGGCGAGUUGUGCAGUGCCUUGACGGCGACAUGGCCUUCCCCGAGGACCAUCAGUCGAUGCGCACGAACUUCAGUAUGACGACUCUGAUGGAGGACCAAGGACUUGACCCGGAUGCCGUGGAUAACCUCUCGGCAGACACUGGAGCACAGUACAUGGGGCUCCUCAACAUCAGCGACAAUGGCAAGGCCAGUAAUCACAUCCUCGCCAUCGAGCUUGAUACAGUACUCAGCCCUGAGUUCCAUGACAUCGACAGCAACCACAUCGGCAUUGAUGUGAACAAUCUCCAGUCGGUGAAGUCCCACACAGCUGGAUACUACGAAGAGGGCACCGGCAAGUUUCUGAACCUGACACUAAUGAGUCGCAAGGCGAUGCAGGUGUGGGUGGACUACAACGGCCAGGCCAUGGAGCUUAAUGUAACCUUAGCUCCCCUGGGAGUUGAGAAGCCAACGGAACCUUUGCUGUCAACCGCCCUCAACCUUUCAAAGAUAGUAACUGGUACAUCAUAUGUUGGGUUCUCAUCUGCCACAGGUCUCUCCAUUGCUUACCAUUACAUACUUGGAUGGAGCUUCAGCUUGAAUGGAGCAGCACCUGUCCUCAACUCAUCUAACCUACCUGCACUGCCAAGAUUACCUCACCAGAAGCGCUCCCUAACUGAAAUUUUGGUGAUAGUGCUGCCGUUAGCCACGGCUGGUUUCAUUGUCGCAUUGCUCACUGUUGUCUUCAUGUUUGUACGGAGAUGGUUGAGGCAUGCUGAGCUUCAUGAAGAUUGGGAGGUGGAGUUUGGGCCGCACCGGUACUCUUACAAGGACCUCUUCCAUGCUACUGAAGGGUUUGUGAGCAAACAAUUGCUUGGGAUAGGGGGAUUUGGUAGAGUGUACAAAGGAAUUCUUCCAAGAUCUAACUUAGAGAUUGCAGUAAAGAGGGUGUCACAUGAUUCUAAGCAAGGGAUGAAAGAGUUCAUAGCAGAAAUUGUUAGCAUGGGUCGGCUUCGACACAAGAAUCUAGUGCAGCUACUUGGCUAUUGCCGUCGCAAAGGUGAACUUCUCUUGGUCUAUGACUACAUGUCAAAUGGUAGCCUCGACAAGCACUUGUAUGAUCGGAACAGACCUGUUCUACGUUGGAACAUAAGGUUCCAUAUCAUCAAAGGCAUUGCAUCUGGUUUGUUGUACCUCCACGAGGAUUGGGAACAGGUCGUUGUGCACCGAGACAUCAAGGCAAGCAAUGUUCUUCUCGACAGUGAGAUGAAUGGAUGUUUGGGUGACUUUGGCCUUGCAAAGUUAUACGACCAUGGCACCAAUCCAAGGACCACACGUGUUGUUGGCACCAUGGGCUAUCUCUCCCCUGAGCUGCUCCGCAUAGGAAAAGCAUCGCCAGGAACAGACGUUUUUGCAUUUGGGAUCUUUCUGCUGGAGGUGACAUGUGGAAGGAGACCCCUGGAGCUUGACCAGGUUGUGCUGCUGGAUUGGGUACUCGAGCACUGGAACAGAGGAGCAGUUCUUGAGACAGUGGAUCCACGGCUCUGUGGUGAGUAUAUCGCAGAGGAGGCGCGCUUGGUUCUGAAGCUGGGGCUCCUAUGCUCACAGCCAAUGCCUAAUGCACGGCCAAACAUGCGGCAAGUCCUACAGUACCUUGAUGGUACUGUGGCAGUCCCGGAGAUGACAGUGACAAAUCUGGACUACAGCAGUCUGAUGUUUGUGCAGAACGAGGGGUUCGACUCAUAUGUCAUGUUGGAUGCAUCAUCAUUUGCAACGAGCAUUGGUCCAGGAUCUGACCUCUCAGGAGGACGAUGAUGUGAACUUGAUUUCCUAUUGGUUAUCAGUUCUGG